GGACCGACCGAUCGACAACCGACAUCGCGCCCCAAUCGAAUCCACUGGCGACUUCGAUAUCGCCGCGUUCUUCCUCCCUAGCGCCAUAUGCUCGUUUUCUCGAACUCGAGCCGCGAAAUCAUCACGGCCUAGUGAAGCCACCCAUGCGAUGCACGUUCUAGCUCGCUCUCCCUCGACAGCGUCACACCCUGCACCACCACUUUCCGGUGGCCGAUACAAGUAGUCGGCCAUUACUCGAACCAUCGCUUCCGCUACGAUUGCCCAAGAUCCCCCCCCUGGGACUUCUAUCGGCUCACUGUGCCAUUACCUGUCGUCUUAUAUCAUGGCUUCUACUCCCUCGGCUAGCCUGAGCGGCUGCGUCGGAGGUACCAGCAGCGCAACUGCGAGUUCUCGAGCCUCUCCCGCGGUCGGAUCCGUCAACGCGGCGCCUCAUGCCGCGUCGUCCUCGUCGUCCUCCGCUUCCAUUGCACCCAAGUCCAAGACGCAGGUCAACUCGAACGGCUAUCACCCCACGAACCCUCCAGUACUUCUCAGCGCCAUGCGAAGUGCCCCGCUAGACCUUACAUCAGUUGAGCGAAGGGGCCAGCCCACUACGAGUCGCGAGCCACCGAAGCGAAACCGAUUGUACGGACUCGAAGAUGCACCAACUUAUCGCCCCACCGAAGAGGAAUGGAGAGAUCCAUUCGAGUACGUCCGCAAUAUUACCCCCGAGGCUCGUCAAUUCGGUAUCUGCAAGAUCAUCCCCCCGGAUUCGUGGAAUCCGGACUUCGCAAUCGAUACUACUAAAUUUCACUUUAGAACAAGGAAACAGGAAUUGAACUCCGUAGAAGGCAGCACCCGUGCGAAUCUGACCUACCUUGAUGCUCUCGCCAAAUUCCACAAGCAGCAAGGUACCAACUUGAACCGACUACCGUAUGUGGAUAAGAAGCCUCUCGACCUAUUUCGACUGAAGAAGGCCGUUGAAUCUCGCGGCGGGUUCGAAAAGGUCUGCAAAACCAAGAAAUGGGCAGAGAUAGGAAGAGAUCUGGGUUACAGCGGGAAGAUAAUGUCAUCAUUAUCGACCUCUCUAAAGAACUCAUAUGACCGAUGGCUGACCCCUUACGAAAACUAUCUGCGCCAGGCAAAGCCCGGUGUCUAUCAGCAAUUGGAGCAUGAGUAUGGUGGGCCAUUGACUCCUAGCCCAGCACCCAGUCCCAUAAAACGGUCAAUGGUCAAUACUCCAUCCAGCUUAAGAGCAGAAUCACCUGCUCGGUACGCCAGUGAUGUCUUGCAGGCAACGUUGAAUGCACCCAAGCAGGAGAGCGAUCGCGAUACGAUUAUGGCCGAUGCUGCUCCUAUCCCCUCUCUGCCCUCAUCUGGAGGCUUUACGGCUAUCAAUUCCGGAGGCUUCACCGCGGUCAAUUCCGGAUUCACCAGUGUCAACCGGCCGAAUCCGACAGAUCCGAAGAGCUUCACGCCUCCUCCUAAGGCUCAUGGGAGCCCGCUCCCAUCCGGCAAAAACACGCCGGAUAUCCGACCUUCCACGCUCGGCCACGCAACAUCACUUAAACGCCAGCUCAGCUCCGACAGUCUAGACUCCACAAAGCGAGAGACCGGUACCGACAGGGAAGAUUCAGAAAGCGGUAGUAGAAGGAGUAAGCGUCUGAAAAAAGAAACCGUUCCCACUGUUGCUGGAUCCCAUAUGUCGGUCUUUCGGCCAUCUGCGCCCAGAAUUCCAGCACCCCGGGAUGAAUCAUCGAGUCCUGGCGAGAAGUGCGAGACUUGCGGCAAAGGCGAUGACGCGGGCUUCGUUGCUAUUUGUGAAUCGUGUGAUCACGGGUAUCAUGGCACGUGCUUGGACCCUCCGCUUAAAGCCAAGCCCGACGCCGACUGGAAUUGCCCCAGGUGCCUUGUUGGAGACGGCCAAUUCGGGUUUGAGGAAGGCGGGCUCUACUCUCUUAAGCAGUUUCAGGAGAAGGCCGCCGAAUUCAAGCAAUCGUAUUUCGAAAGCCGCUUGCCUUACGAUCCCAUCCUUAAUUGCGCCCGACCGGUCACCGAGGACGACGUCGAGAGGGAAUUCUGGAGGCUUGUCACCAGCAUCGAAGAGACGGUUGAGGUGGAAUACGGCGCCGAUAUCCACUGCACUACCCACGGCUCCGGAUUCCCAACCGCGGAACGCAACCCGUGUGAUCCGUACUCGACCGAUCCUUGGAAUUUGAACCUCAUGCCUCUUCACCCUGAAAGUCUUUUCCGCCAUAUCAAGUCCGAUAUCUCGGGCAUGACCGUUCCUUGGGUAUAUGUUGGCAUGAUAUUCUCUACCUUCUGUUGGCACAACGAGGAUCACUUCGCGUACUCAAUCAAUUACCAGCAUUUCGGAGCCACCAAGACGUGGUACGGCAUUCCAGCCGACGACACCGAGAAGUUUGAAAAGGCGAUGAUGGAAGCGGUGCCGGAGCUGUUUGAAACACAGCCUGAUCUCUUAUUUCAACUUGUCACACUCCUCACCCCCGAGCAUCUCAAGAAAGCCGGCGUCCGUGUCUAUGCCGUCGAUCAGCGAGCCGGUCAGCUUGUCAUCACCUUCCCUCAGGCCUACCAUGCUGGCUUUAACCAUGGCUUUAACUUCAACGAAGCCGUUAAUUUCGCGCCAAGCGAUUGGGAGCCUUACGGAUUUGAUGGUGUGGAGCGGCUGCAACAGUUCCGACGACAGCCAUGCUUCUCCCACGAUGAGCUACUUUGGACGGCCGCAGAAGGAACUAGUUCCAUGCUGACGAUACAGACUGCAAAGUGGCUUGCGCCAGCGCUCGGCAGGGUACGGAAGCGAGAACUAGGGGGGCGCGACGACUUCUUCGCCAGGCACGGGGAGGACAAUCACGAUCCCUGUUCUCUAAAUGUCGAGCCUGCUGGUAACUGCUCCCUCGAUUUUGAGGUUCUCGAUGAAGACGUUCCCGAGGAGGAAUAUCAGUGCGCUCAGUGCAAGUGCUACGCCUACUUGUCGAGAUUCAAAUGCCACCGCUCGGGUAGGGUUCUGUGCCUUCGGCACGCCGGACACCACGCGUGCUGCGACAUGUCCGAAGCUGAACGUUUCGCUGGCGCUGAGCAUAUACUAUACUACCGCAAGACCAACGACCAACUAGACGAGACGUACCAAAAGGUGGCAGACAAGGCACAUAUGCCGGAGGCCUGGGAGGAAAAGUUCGAGAAGCUACUAGAUGAGGGAUCUAAGCCGGCGUUGAAAUCGCUGCGGAAUCUCCUCAAUGAGGGUGAACGAAUACCGUACGACCUCCCCUCCUUGCCAGAUCUUAGGGAAUUCGUUGACCGGUGUAACGAAUGGGUCGAAGAAGCGACUAAUUAUACGGUACGAAAGCAGCAGAACCGCCGUAAGAACGACAAGGUCUGGCAAAGCGGACUGCGAAGAUCAGUAGGUCCAGGCCUCUCCGCCCAGGAACUUAGGGAGCGCGAAUUCCGCCGAGUUGACAACAUCUACCGCCUAAUUGACGAGGCCGAACGCAUAGGCUUCGACUGCCCCGAGAUCCAACACUUGCAGGAACGUGCCAACGACAUCCGGAGCUUCCAGAAGAGUGCGGAGCAAGCCCUAGAGCACAUCCGUAGGCACGACCAAGAAUCGAUCGAAAAGCUGAUCGAGGAGGGACGCGCCUACAACGUGGACAUCCCGGAGCUUGACAGGCUUUCGGAGAUUCUAGAGCAGAUCAAGUGGAAUGCUAAAGCCAGGGCUAGCCGCAGCAGAUUUUUGACCUUGAAAGAGGUCAGAGAUCUCCUCGAAGAGGGCCAUCGGUUAGAGAUCCCGCUGUACAACGACAACAUGAAAUACUACGGCGACAAAUACCAGGCGGGUCAGCAAUGGGAAUCCAAGGCAAGGGAGCUCAUCAAUGCCGAGAUUGUCCAUUAUCCGCAGCUCGAGGCCCUGUCCAACCAAGUCCAGAGCAACUCCCUCCCAGUCAGCGCGGACACAUUGGCCGCCGUCGACCAGAUCUUGCACAAACAACGAGAAGCCCAUCGGCAGAUCAUCGAUAUUACCGAGCGGUCGCUGAACCCCGACUAUAGAAAAAGGCCAAAGUAUGCCGAAGUGGUUGAGAUCAUGAAAAAGUUGGAAGACCUUAACUCCAAACCGACGGGCACGCUGGAUCUUGAGAAGGAGCAGAGACGUCACGAGGAUUGGAUGCGCAAAGGCAAAAAGCUCUUUGGCAAAACCAAUGCACCACUCCACAUUCUGAAAUCUCACAUGGAAUAUGUGUUGGAACGCAAUCUGGCUUGCUUCGACAUUCGCAACGACACGCCUCGCCUGCCUGCAGAGCCUGCAUCGAGGGCCGCGAGCGAGGAGGGAGAGGCAAAAGUGUCUCGAUCUUGGGAGGAUCCAACCCAGGUCGAGGUGUUUUGUAUCUGCCGUCGUAUCGAGGCCGGGAUGAUGAUCGAAUGCGAAUUAUGCCACGAAUGGUACCACGGCAAGUGCCUGAAAAUCGCUCGAGGGAAGGUUAAAGAGGAUGAUAAGUACACCUGCCCGAUUUGCGACUGGCGCGUCAAGAUUCCACGAGACGCGGCUCGGCCAAAGCUCGAGGAGCUUAUCAGUUGGCAAGAGGAGAUUCCGACCUUGCCGUUCCAACCUGAGGAGGAGGAACUGCUCAAGAAGAUCAUCGACAACGCCCAAGAGUUCAGAAAUCAUAUUUCAGCAUUCUGCAAUCCGGUCCUUGCGACACCGUCCGAGGCCGACACCCAGCGCUUUUAUUUACGAAAGAUUGAAGGCGCCGAGAUCCUGCUGUCCAUGGAGACAAAUUUCUUCCGGCAGGAGUUGCAUAAAUGGAGCCCCGUCGCGCCCGAGCCGCCCCCGGUUUUAGAAAUUUCCAAGAGUACUCGAAAGCCCCGGCCCACGAAAUUGCAGAAGAUGCUAGCGCAGUAUGGCGUGGAAGAUCCCGACGACCUCCCGGAAAACAUGAAAAGCAAGGCGAACAGCCUAAAGCGCAAGGCAAUGAACGCCGAGGCGGCGGCGGCGGCGGCAGCAGCGUCAUCAACCACCGGGCUCGCCCACCCGAACAUGACCAGCCCCACCCCGCACUCAUUCGCUACCGGAAACCAUUCCUUUUUUUCACGCGGCUCACAACCGUCGACGCCGUCGCUGGCGGGCGCCCCUCACGCCCACGCGCCCCAGCGAUCUAACUCCAUAUCCUCUAGUAGGCCGGGGUCAUCGCUACGACCUGAUCCUCUGGAGAUGGGCAACCCCCCGGGCUUACAUCCUGACUUCUUCAUAUCUGGUGGCAAUGGUGGGCCGGGACCUAGCCUGGCGGCUCCGGAUUCCACGUUGGCGUUCGAAGAUCGGCUGCCCCGCGGACAAGACGACGGUAUAAACUUGAGUACGGACGCUGGCAAAGCCAAGGCCCUGGAGAUGCUGCGCCUGACGGAAACGGGGCGCAAGCGAGCCGAGGAGAUUUUCGGUCCCGGGGUGUGGAAUAGCCGUGACGACGCGUUCGGCAGUCGGUCGAACAUUGGCCAGGGCCAACAGGAAGACGAUAAAGACGUGGAUAAGAUGUUCCAAGACCUGACUAAUGCGGAUGACGAGGACGACCCUAAAAAAGAUCGCCAACGCGAGAGGGACCGGCAGAGCGUCACGGCCGACAGCUUCGAGGCAGAACGAAACGCUAUGGACAUGGAGGACUCGGAUUAGGGCUUCGGGAGCUCCGAGAAAUACGCCCAGGCUGCUUUUACAACGUUUCCGCAGUCGACCAGACACAGAUAAUCAAAGCUUCUACCGGCACGGGGGGAUCUUUCUUUGAGCUACAAUGAUUGGCGUCGAAAGGUUUAUUUUUAUCCAUUUCGUGCAGUGCCAGAGACUUACUCUUUUUGGCGUAAUGAUAACAAGCGCAUUUACAAGGACAACGACCAUUACUACUGCUACCACUGCAGCUAUUACCACAAAAACGCAGACAAGCAAGAAGGGGUUGCGUUAGAUAUAGAGUUGAUAACGGUUAUAUUCGGAGAUUACAUGGCCCUAC